AUUGAUGUGACUUUAACCGUGAGAUAGUGCAACUACUGUGUGUAAUAUCAGUACGCUAUUCAAAUGAUCGCCACUUGAAGUUGUGAGGUUCAGGGUUAUUUGGCAAUUAAAAGAGUUUUUAACUGAUCCGCCCUUUGUAGAUUCGGUUUGACUGCUACGGAUAAUAACCACCAACGAAGAUGCGUUUCAGACAGAAGUUCUUAGGUUUUAGUGGUGGUGCGAUGGCAGUCUUGGGACUCGGGCUCCUCAUCUUAGGAAAAGAUACCGCCUAUCUGGCCCAAAGUACUGCACCAGUAGUGAACGGAGCAGCGGGAGUCCCGAUGUGGUGUGGUCUUGUGAUCAUUUUGUGUGGGCUGGCAAACAUAGUUGAAGCUUUUGACAAACCUAAGAAGCCAGGCAGAUAUUAUUAUGAAUUACCGUUUUCCAUGACAGUCUUCUUAGCUAACUUCUUAGCCCUCGCCGUUUCUGCAGUCUGCAUGGGUCUCCUUUCCUGGUCUCUCUACCUCCGUUAUCUCGAGCCUGCCGUGACGGAUAAUACCAGGGACCAGGCCAAUGUGGGCCUGUAUUCAACUAUCAUCGUGGCAAGCUGUCUGAUCUUCAUCUUUGCCCUGAUGGCGAUGUUUGUCGACUGCUGCAUCAAUGGAUUCAUCGGAUUCGGGGGACCGAUGGGGGUGCCGCCCCCUGAUGUCCAAAGGGAAUCACCUUAUGAUACAUAUAACAGUCGCCCAGCCAUACUCUACAAGUAAAUGGAUGUUCUAGUUCAAGCCGGAUUCAUAAAUCAUAAUGGUACUCAUAUAGGGUCGGAUCUAACCGGAGUCGCUUAUCCGGAUAUCAUCGAUUGCCUCUAUGCAACGAUGUGAAUUUAUAAAUUGCUAUACAUUAUUGUUAGGAACAUGGAUAUGAAAAACAAAACUGUGGCAGAGGUUAUGUCAAAAUUAAUGGGGGCGUAGGGAGGGGGGGGGGGGGCAUUGAGGGCAAAAAGAAUAGGAAUGAAGAGGGAUACUUGCGUUUUUGUUUAUGUGAUUAUUUUUUUUCCCCGUAUAGAUAGCGAAAUGCAACAAAGUAAGACUUUAAACAGAUACUAAUCCGAAAUAUGGCGAUUCGGACUGACAAAGAAAAGAUUGGCUUGUGCCUUCACAAUCGGGUUAUCAUGAUUGUGUCUGGUCGGGCAAUUUGCGUGACCCGACCAUUCGAGAAAUAGGCCCCCUACAUUCCUAAAAGGUCGGUUGCAAUUUACCCUACCCUUCGUAUAUUUGGCUUUUAAUUUUCACAAAACAUCGAGUAAAGUGGACCCGAACGUUCUUAUUGGAGAUGCAUACACUUUACCUUUAGGUGUUAAAAAGCGACGCCAGUUUGGUGUACCAAUAGGACCACGCCCUAUAGAUUUAACAUAGCACCAAAGAGUACCAACCACAGGUGUUGUCAUAACAUCGUGUGUGUUGAACUGACACCGCAACAUUAACACCAGAGGUGUAAAAUGUAUGGUGUGGUCCUAAUAUGUAAACCGGUCAAGGACACAGUUUUCGCUAUGUACACUGCUCAAUGUUGAAUACUGCCGUAGAGCUCAAAAAAUAAUUUGGAUAUAAAGCUAUUUAUGGUAUUUAACCAAAUGUGAAUAAACAAUGAUAUAUAUACAGAAGAGUUAAUUUAAGUUUAUACAGGACCUAAGCAUCAAAUUAAUUGGUUAAUUAAUGCUACGGUCACGAAUACCUUUCCGAACACCAUACGAGCAAUUUUAUAUCAUUGAUGUUAUGUACAUGGUGUGGGGGGGGGGGUAUACAAAUCGGUGUACAUGUAUUGUGUUCAUGAAGGCAUUUGUGACUGUGGCAUUAAAGAAGUUUCUAUGAGUUUGCCAAUUUUAUUUCCUUUCGAUUCAAUUUUGACUAUUCUUCUUACAAAUCGGGGCCUCGUCUUACAAAGAGUAACGAUUGAUCCGGUCAACCUCAGCUAAAUGGAAAUUCAUCAAUUGCAUGAUUUCUACUACAUUAAAUUUGCGCAAUGUCCUAUGUAAAUAAAAAGAAACACAUUGAAUUUUCAAGAAAACAAUGAAUAUACACAUCAUAUCUGUAAAAUAUCUUAACAAACAUGCAGUUUAGAUGGUGACGUUGCUGGCUUUCCAUAGUUGAGGUUGAUCGGAUCAAUCGCAACUCUGUGUAAGAUGGUGCCCAGGGGCUCGUUGCAGAAGAGAUGUAAUCAAAAACAUCUCUUAAAAAAUCAAUCGCUAAAUCAACUCUUAAUAAUCAGCCAAUAAAAGACUUUAUUUAGGAAUCGUGCCUGAUUUCUUUAGUUGCGAUCAAACGCAAAUAUUUUUUGCAACGAGCCCUUGGAGAAUUUAUUUUGUUAAAACUUAAGCAGUUGGGAUUGCAUAGGCUGUUAGGUAAUAAACUAUUCUCUUAUUAAAGCCUUUUCAUGGGAUAUUGAAUUUUCAAGUUUGUAAUUUACAGUUUAAUAUUUUGUUUUCUUUCUUAGUGAAUUCGUCUCGAAAUGUGUACCGUUUGUCUUUCAUGUCUUUCAAACAGAGAUUUUCCACUGUAAAUUUAAUUGUAUAAUCUUAAAAGGGUUACGUAUUUCAUUUGUCAUGUAAAUCGCUGUGCAUACAUGAAUGUAUACCUGAAUUGAAGAAAGUCAAUUACUAAUGUUUUGUUUUAAUUGGCAAAUUUGAAAAGGCGACGAAACACUUAAUUCAGACUUCUGAUUUAUUUUCAUCACGUCUUUUGAAAAGAUUAACGUAUUUAUUCCUGUUUUUGGAAACAAAUCUUUCCAUUAACGACAUCUGAUUAGCAGUGUCAUAUUGAGCAAGAACAAUCAUUGUGACCUUUGUAAUACAAAGAUUCUAAUUUGGUGAUAGACUUUUACAUGAUAUUCAGAAAGUGAAAUCACAUUCACCAAUUUGUUUCGUUAUCUCCUCUUUAUAAUAGUCUUAUUUUUGUCGGGGGGGGGGGGUCCAUUCCCCCAGAAGCCACCCCACCCCCGUCUGCACACCAGAGAAUCAGACAUCUAUUAAUAUCAAGAAUUCUCAUUGUACUUUAAAACUUAUAAUCAUGACAGAUUUUCAAUUGUAUACUAGUAUGACAUUUUAAACUAUAUGUUUAGUUUAUUUAUAUCAUUGUAUCUAUUGUAUCUUGUACUUUUACAGUUUACCCAUUUUUCAAAUAAAUCUAAAACUAUUCUUGUUAUUUGCGUUUAAAAUAGGACUUGUACUCUGAUAGUAUCACGUAUUCAUUAAUCACGAAAAGUUUAAUUAUAAUGAAAGAAAUAAUACUCAGUCUGAGUUCAUUCCAAACCCUUUAUGUUUUAUGUUUCGUGCUUCACCAUACCUGGUGGGUGUUUCAUAAAGCUGUUCGUAAGAUAGGAGCGACUUUAAGAACGACUGGUGAUCCUUUCUUGUGGUAAACGGUAUAUUCAUUGGCGAUGGUUUAGCGCGUAAGAAAGGUUCACCAGUCGUUCUUAAAGUCGCUCUUAACUUACGAACAGCUUUAUGAAACGGCCCCCAGUUGUAUAUACAUACUCAAUGAUCGUUCAGUAAAAUUCAUUACUAUUUUUUAGUACAAAAUCUGUUGAAAAUAAAAACAUAUUCUAUUGAUUAAAAACAGUGUACUACAUACAAGUAGAAA